UUCCUGUUGCUGUUUGCGUCUUUGCUGCUUCUGUGUUCUGUUAUAAUCACUACUCCGGCUUGUUUGAAUCGAGGACUGCGGUAGUUCCGCAUGGUCAGGCACCGCAGAUUCUGUCUGUCUGCUUGCUGCUGUUUGUGCUCGACAUUGGAACGCCCAUGCGAGGUACAUCAGAGUCAGAUUGGUUAAUAAGUCGAAAUGGAGUCGUCUCCGCCAGAUGGCUCAGAUCCUGGCGGUUCGUCCGGGGAGAGCAGUUCUCGGUCCUCAUCCGGCGCGUCACAAAGCAAACUCAAAAGAUCGCCGCUGUCGACAGUAUCAGUCGUGUUCGAAUCAGAGUAUAAGGAAGAUAGCAGAUCGACGGUUAUUAAUACAAGCGUAUCUGAGGGUCUGAACACGCUCAACUCUCUGAUGUAUGUCGAUACAGCGGGUGCGACGUCUGUUUCAAUAUCAAUAAGCUCGGUCAGAGAUGCAGAUACAGUCGGCAGUUCAGCAAGGUCAGUCAAUACAGAUCAGCCAGCAAUGGAUUCAGCCGUGUUGUCUAGUCCAGACGUCUUGCAAGAAAAUAUCGUCGGCAACUGGGAAACUGUUGGAGAGAGCGUUUGGGAUUCUAUAUUAGACAACGAAUCAUGGGGCGGGAAGGUAGAAGAAGCAGGAGAUUCAACAGUCAACAGUAGAUCACUCGCAGAUAAAGACACAGCACACGAGACUCUACCAACUGCAUCCUACAUCCCCAGUAUCCUCGAAGACUCGCCCGAACUCCGUCCACAGUACUAUGACGGCCCGUUUGCAGCCAACGGGCCAAACCGGCAAGAAAUCUACUCGCUUCUGGUGAAAUUCCCGCCCGAGCUGCGCAAAAUGCUGCGCAAUGACCUAGACGAUUGCCGCCUUUUCCCAUUCACACACACGCAUGAAAACACACGGGGUCUGUAUGAUGCUGGAGCCGGAUGCCAGAAAUGCCAGUUCCAGCAUGAUUAUGUGAAGACGGUUUAUACAAACUACUUGUACCUGAUACAGAGAGAGAAGGCGUAUGCGCUGGAGUAUAAGCAUGGACCGAUCACGAGGGCGGAGUACGAGAACGCGGGGAGGUAUGCGAGAGAGAUGACACACAACUGGCCAGAGGCAGAGGCGGAGGCGACAGAUAGUGACGGGGGGAAAGGGACAGAAGCAUGAUUGCUGUAGAUUGUAUUUAUACCAAGCUGCAAUGCAGUGAAGAGAAGUGAAGUGAAGUUGAUCCGCAGAUGUAAGCUGUAGUCAGAAGCCGUAGUCAGCUUGGAUUUAUAUCUGCAACAACCACGAUGCUGUUUGA